UGAAGGUUUUCUGUCGCAAGUUUUCUGUCUCUUAUAUUUUGUGUCACCCGUCAGACCGUCAAGGCUCUCUUCUCGCCUUUUGUCAAAAUAAUUAACAGAAAAAAUGUCAGCGUGGAGACAGGCGGGAUUGAAUUACAUCAAUUACUCUCAAAUCGCAGCUAGGUUAGUCAGGCAAGCUUUAAAAACUGAUCUGAGGACAGAGGCUGCGAAACGUGAUGAAGUCAAUGUGAAGUUUACUCAAUGGAAAGAUGGGAAACCCGUCACUGAAAAGAUGUGAUCGUAAUGAUCAAAAAUGCCUAGAUGACAAUAUCACAGAUGGAUGCAGAAUUCAUCCAAUAUACAUUUAUAGCCAUAAGUAUGUAUGAGGAUCUCUGUCUCUAGAUAAAAUAAAAACAUUCUUCGCACUGUCA